AAUGAAACGAUUUGGUAUAAAAUAUUCCCGCAAAAUUAGCCAUUAACGGAUUUUGAGCCCACGGACUCAAAUUGAGCGAAGAAGAUGGGGAAGAAAAGGGGUGGAACUCGCCGGUCUUCGGCGGCGGAACUUCUGGAAACGCCGCCGUUAACGCCUCCCCCGGCCACUGAUUCUCCAAAGUCAGCGAUCUUCAACAGAAAAACGAACAGCAAUGGAUGCAAAUUUUCUUCACCAGAAAACACCAACAUUGCGAAGAAUAGAGUUCCCGCUAGUCUCUUUAAGCCGCCUUCUCGAAAUACUUCGAGUUUGAGCACUAUAUCUGAUCUCAAGGAUUUUGCGUCUUCACAACUCCUCGAUCUCAAGCGCCACAUUGAUCAUUCUCACUCACAAAUCGUCAAAGACCUCGAUUCCUCCAACUCACACCUCCAAAAGCGAUUUAAGAUUCAGAGUCAAGCAUGCCAAAAAAUGAUGGAUGAAGCAGAGAAGGAGUACAAGAAGAUGUCUCAAAGAAUUUAUGAAAGUCAGGAAGGAAUGAAGGCUUCAUUUGAAGAGUUUUUAGUACAUGAACAAGAGAGUGCAUCUCGAGCAGCUUGCAAAGUAUCCAUAACUGAACUUUCACAGUCGUUUGAGAGAUCUAUUGAUGCUCUUCGUAGCCGUUUUGGGAUCUCGUCCACCUAACCUCGCUAUCAAUUGAUAGCAGCUUUGUGGUGACUUGAGCAAUAACUUGUACAUGACAUCAUGUGGUUCUCAAGUAAGUUUACUGCACUCUAGCCAGAUGUAAUAGUCAAUUCAAGUAUCUCACAAUAUUCAUUUUUACAUCGAAUACUCGCCAAGUAUUACCCCAUCAAAUGUCUGUUCUUUAUAACUUGAAGAUUUAUACUAUCAACACUACCCUGUAUAUGGAUGCUGAACUAAAUCAUUUUAUCUAGUUUUCGUUGAAUUGGCACAUAAAUUUUCUCAACGUUAAUCAUGUACAGAUCCUACCAUCCCUCGCUUUCAAAAUAAAAUUCUCAAAUGUCUUCAAUUGCUUAUUUACAAAACUAAUGCGGGUAGAGUAUUCAUAAAACUAAUAAAAGCAUAUUAACUUCUAAUUUUCAAAUAUUAGAGUCUCGGAUAGAUAGAUAUAUCCUUCAUUACUGAUAUUUGAUUUUCUUUUGGCUGAUAUUUGAAUUAAAAGGACAAAAAUUGGUAUUUCUUUUUUUUUUUUUAAUUUCUUUGCAGGGGUAGGGGAUUAAAUCUCCAUCUCAUCCUCUUGUCUUUUAUCUCAUUUCAUCCAAAAAAAAAAAAAAAUCCCUUUCUUCCGUAACUAGCUCUGACGAUAGGGAUUUCAUUUUCCAGUUUAGUUUCACAGGAGUUGAAACGAUUGAGUUGUCGUGGGGCAUUGGUCACGUGAUUUAGUUAUCUAGCUAAUUACUUCCCAGCUCAUGAAUGACAAACUGCCUUUACUACUGUUCACAGCCUUAACAUUUGACGCUGAAUCUUUAGCUGCAAUGACCUACUUACAGGGGAAAAGUUUUACCGACUCUAUUCCUAAUGGGGUAUUCAUCCAUGUGAUCUCUUUUAUAUUUGUCUUCUUCCAGCUUCCUUUUCUCCCUUUUUCACUGCCAUCCUACUAGUUAUAUCUUCACCAAUGCUCUUCCGGAUGUACUUCGCCUGUCCAAAAUUAAACCAACUAGUUUGAUUUUUUUUCCCCUCCUUGUUUGGAUUUUAAAGCUUGAAUUCUAAUUGAAAUGUCCAGCUAUUCAGAGAUAUUAGAUGGUGUGUAUUGAAUCCGUUUAGUUCUCUUUUGCUCUUGAGGGGGACAAAAUUAUAAACAAAACGAAAACCAAAAGACAGAUCACAAGAACGGGACUUGUGGUUUAAACCUUCUAGCCCACAUUUUGGUAUCUCAAUAACCCAUCAAUUACUUCAAUGUAGACGACAAAAAGUAGUAUUGAACAGAAAAAGAUACAGAAGAAAAGUUGAAAAUUGACGUACAAUUUGCUCCCUUACAAAAGAAUAUAUCUAUAUGAAAGAGGCCCUGUAAGAUAAAUAUAACCACAUUAUUUGACACCCGAUUCUUCAAUCGUCCAAGAUAUUUGAGGAGAAAUAUCGUACUUUCUCCAGUAUUUUGUAAAAGUAAACUAAUCUCUUUGUGCUUCUAUCGAACUUGCUUCUCUUUGAUUCUGAAAGUAUAAGUACCUGGAUUUGGCCAGCUUCUCUUUCUCCGUUUGUCAUCUUGAUUUUCUGCUAGAAGAAGAAUA